CGCGUCUUCGCUAUAGUAAUUGGCACGCCGCGUCGCCCACGCCGUUGGAGUAUUGGACGCACUGGUCUGCCGGAGUCGGGACGCCAGAACGACGCUAUAUAUAUUAUUACUCUAUGCGCUAUCAGCGCGUCGUACGAGCGCUCCGAUCAACAGUUAAACAUAAUAUCAAAUAUACAGUGUAGUUGUUUCGUUUGUUUUCGGGUACCCGCACAGUACACAGAUACGAUUUAAUUAAAACGUAUCGUACGGUGCGCGGGCGAACGACAGUACAACAGACGGCAAUAUACACCGUCGUCGGUAUAGAUUAUCGCCGAAGAGUUGUCGCCCGUCAAGCGUUGGAACAUUUUCGACAUGGACGACAAAGUUCUGUUAAGAUUCUUGCGUCAUUAUUUCCAUCACGCCGACUUUAAGAACGCAACGCAGAAGGAGGCCAUCAUAGCGGUAUUGAAAAGGAACGCUGAUGUUUUCGUAUCGUUUCCGAGCGGUUAUGGCAGAACAAUGUGCUACCAACUACCUUCUUUAAUUCAUUGGAAUAAAAUGUCUAUAAUAAUAAUGCCUCACGUUACAAGGAUUAUGAGUGAAGUUAACAGCUUAAGGCGUUUGAAAAUUCAUUCCAAAGUUAUUUCUUCGUCAACAGAUCCUAGUGAAAAAACAGUUAUUUAUGAUAGCUUAAAAUCUACACAUACUGCUCUUAAUAACUUUCUCUAUGUGACUCCCGAUCAAGUUUCUACAGCGGACUUCAAAUCAUUAAUGUCUCACUUGAUACAAUCUAAGAAACUAUCAUAUAUUGUAGUCGAUGAAACACAUUGUGAAAGCCAAUGGAUUUAUGGUCAAAAAAAUCAUGAAUAUCAUACUCUUGGCAAACUUAGAAGAGAAUGCAAGGACAUUCCAUGGAUUGUGGUUACAGCUACAGCUGGCAUUGACGUCGUUGAUUUUUUGAAGAGAGUUUUAUAUAUGAAAGAAGGUCCUACCAGUUUCUUAAGGUUUUCAAUACCAUGCUAUAGAAAGAAUAUAUAUUAUGAUGUUGCUUAUGAUGAUAUCAUUGGAAUUUCAGUUCCUCAUUUAACACAAUAUCUUGAGAGAUAUUUAAAUGGAGAUGACGUGCAUCGUACUCGAAACUCAGGUAAACCUUCUGGAUUAAUAUUUUGUAAGACCCGACAGGUUACUGAACAAUUAGUCAGAGAUCUCAAGCAAAAUGGUUUUUCAAUUGCUGCUUUUCAUGCUGGACUAGAGGACGCUGAGCGUUAUGCUAUUAAAGACUCUUUUAUGAAGGGAUAUUAUCAAAUUCUUGCCGUAACUAGUACUUCUGGAAUGGAAAUUAAUAAACCAAAUAUAAGAUUGAUUGUUCAUUGGGGUUUGCCAUCUAGUAUUACAGCAUAUUAUUAUGAAACAGGGCAAGCUGGAAAAGAUGGUUUUCCAGCACGAUGUCGAAUUUACUUAACAAAGCAAUCAACAACAUACUACAAUGCAGAUAAUGAAACUAUCUUGGCUGCCGAAAUAGAUCCAGCCAAUACUAUUGAACUAGUACAAAAAACAGCAAAAAGUUUCCUUGUGUUUCUGCAUUCUCGUUACAUGAAAGAUUAUUGUGAAGGUUCAAAGUGUAGACACAGUUUUUUUGCUGAUUAUUUUGGAGACGAAAAAAUGGAAUGCGAAAAUAAAUGUGACAUUUGUUCCAUAGUAUCUCAUACUGCUAUUCAAAAGGAAAUUCAAAAAAUGGGCUUGACUAAUCACAUAAAAAAUAUUUGCUCAAAAUAUCAAGAAAUGGAUAAGACCUUUCUUACAACUAGAGAGGCACUAAGUAUGAUGAAGGUCUGUAAGGAAAUGGUGAGAGUUCAAAAGAUGAGAAAUUUUGAACCCAAAAUUGCAACUACCAUGAAAAAUAAAGAACAAGCGAAAGUAAGAAAUUUGGAUGUUGAACCAAUACCUUCAACUUCAUUGGUUGAGAAUGAUGACAAAAAAGAUAAGGACCAUUUGCCUUCAUCAUAAUUAUAGUAUAGUAUUUAUAUACUAAUUAUAAACUUUCUCUUAUUUUUUCCUUAAAAUAGGUAGUUUAAUUUAAAAAACCUAUUUAAGUUGAUUUCAUAAUUAAGAUUAAUAACUGUAUUAACAUACCUGAAAUGAUCUCCGUAUUAUUUUUACUUAACUCGUAAUAAUUAUAGACUCAUUGUUUUUAUGCAUGUUAUUUUUAUGACUGUUAAAUAAACUUCAUAAUUUAAGAUAACUUAUAGAACCCAAGGAUAUUUUUUAUAAUUACUUUAUCAACGAACUAUAAAUUUUUUUCCAUAAGAUAAAUGACUUAUAAUAUACAUUUUUUUUAUAAUUGUAUGUAAUACUAACUGUGUUUCUUAAAAAAUACCCUAUUAAUUAUAAAUUCGAAAGUACCUGUUAGCUUUUGAUACUAUGCUGAAAAAAUAAAAACAACUAUUGAU